AUGCCUGCCUCUAAAACCACUCGCUCUGUGCGUUUAGUUGUCGGUUCCACAAGAUCUACCGCGAAGCUCAAGUCCAGGGUUCUGUCACAGACCCAGCAGGUUGAGGAUCGACGACACAGGCAGGAACGAUACAAUGCUAAUAUUGCAGGACUAAGUACCGAAUCCCAAACACUGCUCGCAGACAUGCAACAUGAAGCUGUAGACAGCACGACCGCAGGCAUCGUUGAUGCUAUGGAUGCUAUGGACCACGACUUUCAGUGGGAAACGGUUCCAGACGACCUCCGAGAUAACGAGACCUUUAUGCUCGCUGUGCGAGACAUUGUCGGUAGCCAGUGGCGCAUAUACAAAGAUAGCCGUGGAUGGCGGCAACGUCUCGUCCGCCUUCACGCAAAUUGGUCGCCACUGGUCAAUGCGCUCACUUCAGGGUACCUCACAUGGAAGUAUUCAUCACCUCCCCCUCCAAGUGAACCUAGCCCUUAUGAUUUCUCGAUUGACGUUAUCAAUAUAUAUACUCUUGCUACUAGCGCUUAUAUUCACAGUUCACCCACCAUUGAAACCCCUGCAGAAGCCCUAAUCUUAAAUGGUUAUUUGGGUGCUACACCUCAUUCUCCAACCAUUGCCAUCUCCUUGUCAACACUUGAGCUUUACAGGCGCCUGCGCCUGCGCAAACCUUCACUCAGUGUCGAGGCAUUCACCAAGGUGCUUUGCGACCUCUAUCACUGGCCUUAUCGCCGGAGGUAUCGUACGGCGCUUGCUGAUGCCUUCGAUGUUUACCUUGCAAUUCACCGCAACAUCGAUGCUCAGGUGUUGAAGACCCUUGGGCGUGAUUCCGAAAACUGGCAAGUGCUCAAUGCAUGUCCACCAUGCACAUACGAGCUGAAGGAUGAGCCGGAACUUAUCUUCCGACGAAUGAUAGUGUUUGAUGGAAACAAUUCGUUGUCACGCAUGGCACCACUGGGAGGUCGCCAAGUCGGCGAUACACGUUUAUUCAAGAGUGACUACUACCUCAAGCGUGACUAUAUUGACACAUUUGCAUUACAAUCAAACACGCUGCCGUCAGAUGAUGAGAACGUCGACCCCACUUCUCAAACGCACACUGGGGAGAGCCCUGGACCUUUGAACACGUCACUAGCUGCAUCAGCAUGCACAGAUAAUUGGAAAGCUGCUGCAGCCGAUGCGAAGAAGAAGUCGUGGGGGAUAUUUGAAGAGACAGGAAUCUUUGCAAGUGCUUGUUGUCACGGUCUGAUACUUUGGAUUGGUGAUAUGAUUCGCAGUGGGGAGCUUUUCAAGUACCCCCUUGCCAUCAUUGGCAAAGCCCUCGAGACUCUUGGAUCACGUCUUCUGGUCGGAUACGAUGUCGGCUGCAAGCUUGCUAUCACUAUCGCCUCUAGCUCGCUGGCGCAGAGGUUCAACGAAGCUGAAUAUUGUAUGUGUGUUGAUGCAUUCCAUGGGUAUACCCACAGUUAUCUCUGCCAAGACAAGAACCACCCAAACGUCAUCAAGGGCAUGGGAAUUGAAGAUCUCGCCACUAUGGAGCGUAUUUUUAGCUCAUCCAAUCAACUCGCUUCUGUCACUCGUUACGCCUCAGCAUACAACCGUCGUGUGUCUAUUGAUUGCUUCUUCAAACAGUGGGAUGAAGACAAGUACCUCAACCUUGGCAAUAUGUUGUAUCAAAACUAUGUUCAAGCACGUCAGACUAUCGAAGAACAGGGAUCUGCUAUCCAGGAAGCUAAAAUCUCACUUGACAUUUCAGACGACGAUCUCAAGACAUGGUCUACAGAACAAUCGCAGUACCUUGCAACAUCAGGUCAGGAGGCCGAGUGGGAUGUUCAUGCCAUUGCAUAUGUUGAACUUAUUCAGAAACUCAGGGAAGCGAGAGCAACGUCAGAGACUGCUUCCGCGAUGUUCCUAAAUGCCACACCAAUGAAUUACGAGUUCAUUAUACCGACGAGCACUAGCACCCCCUCUCCCUAUUCUGUGAACCUCUCCCAGACUCGAAAACUUGAGACGCGACGCCGACAAGCCUCACAACGCUAUGACACAAUACUACAAGACAUUGUCGAACUCGAACUGAAGAUGGGUAUAACCCGACGAUGGGAACCAGCUGAUCCUGAAUACCUAGAGACCCUGAAAUAUAUGUCACAGCGUGAAUAUCAUCGUGCGCUUGACAAUCUUCAGCGGCUCGUGGUACUUCGGCUGUUUGAACUUCACAAACUCAAUAUCUCUCAAACCGGUUAUCGGAUGCGCACCCACAUUGCUAAGUCCUUGCAAACUCGUUGCAAGGCCAUUCAGACUGCUGUGAAGUCCUAUGAUACAGCUGCCCUUGCCCUCGAGCCACCAGCGCCUACGCUGGACUGGUCCAAAGUUUCACAUUAUAAUUUUCUCGAAGAGUUUGCUCUCUUGCGCGAGACACGCCAAGACAUUCGCAGCAGACGCUGGGCUGAACCAGCAGUGCGCGAGGUCAUGAAGCAGAGCCUUCGCAUCGAGCGUGCCCAUGAAGAAAUUCAGCGUUGUUAUGUGGAAAGUCGUCGACUGCACACUGCUAUUGUUGAUGAAGAAGCACACUUCACCCGGGUCAUUUUGGAGGCCAAAAGUACCAGUGAUCCUGUAUGCGGGGCACUCGAGGAAUUCUGUCGACGCCGGCGGCGCAUCAAUGCUCACAUACUUGCUCGUUUACAGGACUUAUAUUCACUUCCUGGCUUUGCUGGCUUGACGACACCAGGUGUCAUGAAGAACUCUCCAGACAAUGUUGAAACCAUUGCGGACUUGCAGUCAUUGGUGAUUUCGGAGCACCAGAGUGUUGAAGCUGAUGAGAAUGAUGAUUGCGGAGGACUCGAGGAGGAUGAUACUAUUGCUGGUGAAGUCGGCGGUCUACUCAAUUACAUAUCAGAAUUACCGUAG